GUGGCGGCCAUUGUUAGCCCCUUGGUUCUUUCCUUGCAGUAUUUUUUCUUGCUGAGGAAAGAGAAAGGGGGGGGGGGGGGGGAGAAUGAGUUCGUCCUGGACAUCAAAGCAGAACAAGCUGUUCGAGAGGGCGCUGGCUACAUAUGACAAGGACACUCCAGACCGCUGGCAGAAUGUUGCACGAGCAGUUGGUGGCGGAAAGUCGGCUGACGACGUGAAGAGGCACUAUGAGGAUCUGCUGGAGGACCUGCGGCACAUUGAAUCUGCAGGAGGCCGUCAAGGAUCCCACUGCAGCAGUUCCGGCGGUAGCAGCAGCAACAGCAACUCUUGGGGCAGUGCCAAUGAGGACCAGAGGAGGAGGUACCUCAAACCGCAGUGAAUGCGAUCUUGGAAGAGGGUUGGCUUCUUCUGAAAGAUGUUGCAGUCUAGAGCGUAAAGCAACAUUUAUCCAGUGAAACCAAACAUGAUUGGCUCUCUCUGAAAGAUGUUAAUCUAGUGCUAUUUGGUCCGACUCGAGUCCCUAGUAUAGUUUUUUACUUAUAGUGCUAUGGUUGGUUUGGUGUACUCUGCUAUCUGAUAAUUGCAUGUCAUGUGAUGAUGAAAAUAAAUUUGCGGUUCCUUGUGUGUGCU